AUUCAUACUUUUGUUAGGCAACAACUUAGAAGAUAAAAGAAUAAAGUGAAAUUUCAACGUUUAACUACAAAUAUGUCAUUAAUAUUUUAUUGUAAAAUUUUGUUAUUAUUUAUCUAUUGUUUCUCUUCGGCUUCUUCUUGCUGCUAUUAUUGUAAGGGAAGUCAAGAAAUAUGGAUAACUUCAAAACCAUCGUGGAAGUUGGUUGUUGAACAAACAGAGGUAGUAGAAUUGGCUAAAAAGGUAGAUUUAGGUGAAAAUGAUAAACUUGUUACUGAUUUUCGACGUCCCGCCGGCUACUUGACACAAGAAGCUGUACUGGGAGAGAUAAAACUUUAUAACAGAUAUUAUAAUUUAAGCUAUGCCGGAAUACCAAUAUAUAUCCAAUAUAAGGAUUUAUCAAAAUCAUCACAAAUUCUUUCGUCUCAAUAUAUUGAAUUAGACUUUGGAAUAAACACCGAAGUUUCUGGAUUUGCUAUUCAAAAUGGUUUUUACGAGGAAAAAACUCAACAAUUGCUUUUCAAGACAGAAACUUGGACGAGCCGUUUUAUUGCGUCUUACGCCGCUGAAGGUCAAUCAUUUAGAUAUGUUACGGAGGAGAUAUCACUACAGAAACAGAUAUUUGUUGAUUCUAAAAAUGAAAUGAGAUCUAAACAUAAAAUUUAUACAUUCGAUAAAGAAGUUACGGCUAGAAAAUUAAGAAUUCAUCCUAUAGACGCCUUUGACCAAUACGGACCAACAAAUCAACUUAUGGUCAGAGUUUCCCCAAUAUUAUGCAACAUUCAAGGUAAAUGCCCGACCGAAAAGAUACAUUGUCAAAUGAGUAAAUGGUCUAAUUGGGGUUCGUGUCAAUGUAAUGGUGAUUAUUGUGUUGAAAAUAGAAUGAGGGAAAUACAUAGAUACUCUUCUUGCGGUGGACAGGCUUGUGAACACACUAGAGAGAAGAGAACGUGCACAAUACCCAGCGAUUCUUGGAAACUCUUUCUCGGUAUAGGCCUAGGAGUGGGUUGCGGAGUACUUGUUAUUGGCAUUAUUGGCGCACUCGUGUAUAAAUUGAAAUUCGGUAAAAAGAAGACAGUAUGGGCAACUAAUGAAGGAACAAGGCCUAUUGUUGAGGAAAAAAGGAAUCAAGAUGAAUCAAUAAUAUCUCCAGUCAUUGAUGAAUAAGUUAUUUUAUUCUUCACCUAAAAUUUAAUAGCCAUUCGUUUAUUUUCACUUCAAAAUAAUGACAUUAAACUUGAUAUUAAUCCGAUCUAAUAAUUGCAUAUAUAUUCGAGGUAAAAACAUCACUGGAUGUUGAACUCUUUCUCUCCUUCUUUCUUCUCUUUAUCCUUAAUAAAAAAAAGAGAGAAAAAAAUACUACUCCCUUUAAUUGAAAAAAUGAUUCCUGGUAUUAGAUCUAUUGAACUUUCGAUGUAAACUGCAUUUAUCUGCAACGUAUAUACGUUUUAUGCAAUAAAGUAAUACAAUCGAAUGCAAUAAGGACAUUGAAAGGUAUGCAUAUCUGGAACGUAUAUCUGAUAAUUGAUAUAGUUAAUGACUUAUUUAAUUACUGAACCUCCAUCUUUAUCAAUCAUUUAUGAAACAUAUUUUAGACCUAUACAUUUAUCAUCUUUUAUAUUCAAAGAGGAAAAAUACAAAAAACUAAGAACCAUAAAUAAUCUGAUUAUCAUUUAACGAUCCAACAUAAUUGCAA